AUGCCCGCCGCUAAAAAAUACGUCUGUGCCUUCUGUGCACGUGCCUUCACCCGGCUGGAACACAAACAACGCCACGAACGCUCCCACACAAACGAAAAACCCUUCCACUGCCUCUAUUGCACCUCAGCCUUCGUCAGAAGAGACCUCCUCCAAAGGCACUGCCGGACAGUGCACAACAUCAAGCUCGUGUCCCGCUCAAAACGGGAAAAGAGAGAUUCCCUCAAAGAAGACGAGGCGCCUGAGCCGCUCAACGGAAAAAUCUCCCAUCCUCCUCCUUUGGCACCUCCACUAGUCCAUGCUCCAGCAAAACCGGUCGAACUCCGAUCACCCAAUCAGGAUAUCCAUGUGACCCCCACGGGGCCGGCUCCUCAAAGAGCUCCAACGCUUCUGCCCGGCUCGGCGGCUCCCUUGACAUCUUUACGACUUCUGCAUCCCCAAACCUCCCAGGACCCACUCCACCUUCUUUCCAUAUCCAAAAACUUGUCCAAUGUUUACGAUUCGGCAGACACGCGGUACCCGUGCCACGACAUGUUUCUUGUGGGCCACUCUGUGCUUUCGCUGGAGAGAUAUGCCAUUUUCGCCAAUUCGCUAGCGCUGCUCAUUGACCAGCUCCACAACUUCUCCGGCCUGUCCUUGUCGGAUUUCCGCUUGGGCCAGGUUUACUCGAUUUUGGCCGUUGGGGCGCUUUCCAUGCCUCUGAAGGAUUACGACCCGGAAGAGCUCGCCACGAGUUUCAUCAAUAAACUGUGGAACAUCGUGGUGGAUAAGCUCAAUUCGGCACACUCCUCCUUGCCAGCUCAGUGUGACGUGCUCAAAAACUUGUUUUUGCUCACGUAUAUUUAUUUGCGUUUCUUCAACAACGACCUCAUGGUGUCGUACCUCGAGGACCUGGCUCACAUCAUCUUGCAGAACCUCGCCAGUCUGCCCAGCGACGCAGAGUUGGUUUCUCAGAAUCUCGAGCUUUUCUGGUCCAUUUACGUGCUUGUGCUGAAGUACAAGGCCAACGAGGCGCCGCCAAAGUUCUACUCGUGGUUUUUGGCUUCAAAGUUGCACAGAGAUUCUCCCGUCACCUUGGCUCAGGCAGUCAAGGCGUACCUGAUCCAGCUGUUGCCGCUCCAGGACCCGCUUUUGCUUGAAGUGGUGAUUUGCACGCUUUCCAACGAGGUCAACAACCUCAUUUUCAACAAAUCCUUGUGGCUCUUUGAUCUGCUCAAUUCCUUGCAUAACGCCAUUGUGCUUGCCAAUAAGUCCAUGGUCUUGUCUGCUCCAGAUACGUCGAUGGACAUUUUCAAUGUUUUCCGUUCGAAAUUGGUCUUGGGUGCUGCUCCAACAUACGAGGAGCUUUUGCAAGCUCAUGUCUUCAAAAUCAGCGAGCCUCACCACUGGAACAUGCUUCUCUUGACCUUGCGGGAGUUCAACGCUCCGUUCAGCUUCAACAACUUCAUGCGUGAAAACUUGAUGCUGUCGUUCCAGAACUUUGGCAACAGCUUGCUUGGAUUUUUCACUUUUGAGCUGCAAACGCCUCCUCCCUCCAUGAACUCCUACGAGAACUUGGGCAUCAUCAGUUUCCCGCUUAUCUUCCAGUACAACUUCCUUCGUUUGAACAACGUGGAGCCACCGUUCCAAAUCAAGAACCUCAGCAUUGUCGAUCUCGCCAACUUGAACAACUUGAUUUUGGAGUGGUACAUCACAAUUGUCAAGGUCAUGGUCACUCUCAUCACCAAAAGAUCUGCUGCUGAAGCCGAGGAGGUGGUGAGAAAGAGCAACGUGCUUUCGUGCUUGUUCUACAUGAUCAACAGCAACUGUGCCUCCACACCAGCGUUUGCCUCGACCGAGUUUUAUUUGCAAGUAUUCGAGGAGCUCACCAAGAUCUGCGACACCUGGUUCAACUUCAUCAACAAGAGCGCCAACUUGCACAACUUGCGCAUGAACUUGAACCGUUUCCUCAACGACUUGGUGGUGUUGGCCUUGAACAACGACAGCAUCUCGCUAGGCGACUUGUACGUGGCCAACGAGUCCAUCCUUAUUCGCAACAGAAGAUCCAAGUCCAUUGGUUCCAUGGAUUCCACUCCUUCCAAUCGCUCAUCACUUUCCUCCUCAUUCCCACCGCCCGUGCCAUCUCACAGAGGCAGUUCCACUAAUUACGUCUUGAUGAACAAGCCCGAAAACGACGCCGGUUCGCCCCAGCCCUUGUAUUCGACACAAAUGUCGCCUUCGUCGCUGCUUGCACCUCUCCAAGGGGUCACCAAGCUCAAUUUUCUGUCUCCAGCUGGCCCUAGAGUACAGAAGCCAUUGGCACAGCCUAUGAACUCCCCACCGGUUCCGCCCUCCAGCACUUAUGUGCUUCCUCCUAUUUAUGCCGCCGUGAAAGACCACGCUAAGCCCGAGGGCAUGAAGUGA